CUCUCGGCUACACAAAACCAAUCGUACUUAACGUCAGCUUUUCAGUCUUUUUUAAAGCACGAAUGGUAACCAAAACAUGCCUGUGAUGGACCAAAAACGAAAAGCAGAAGAAGGUGCCUUAGUUGCAGUAAAAAGACCAAAGCAUCAUGAACUGGUGGCUGUAAGCAAUCAACAAAAGGCCUUGAUGCAAUCGGGCCCACCUCGUCUCUCGAGCAUGACUGCAGCUAUCAUGUUAUUGACUGGCCACGAGGGGGAGAUCUUCAGUGCCAGAUUCCAUCCCAACGGACAGUCCUUGGCAUCAGCUUCCUUUGACAGAUCCAUCCUGUUAUGGAAUGUGUAUGGAGAGUGUGAGAACUAUGGAGUACUGAAGGGCCACCAAGGGGCUGUCAUGGAGCUGCACUACAACACUGAUGGCAGUCAAAUUGUGUCUUGUGCCACGGAUAAGAUGGUAUGUCUGUGGGACACAGAGACGGGGGCAAGGGUCAAGAGAAUGAGAGGUCACACGUCGUUUGUCAACUCGUGCUACUACGCCAGGAGAGGGCCUUCAUUGGUCACCAGUGGCAGUGAUGACGGUACCAUCAAAAUUUGGGAUACAAGAAAACGAGGCUGUGCACAGACGUUCCAAAGCACCUACCAGGUCUUAGCAGUUUCCUUCAACGAUACCAGUGACCAGAUCAUCUCUGGUGGUAUCGACAACGAUAUGAAGGUAUGGGAUCUGAGGAAGAACGGAUUGCUGUACAAGAUGUCUGGUCACAGCGACUCGGUGACCGGUAUAGAACUAAGUCCAGACGGAUCCUACAUUGUGUCAAACUCUAUGGAUAAUACUUUGCGAAUUUGGGAUGUACGACCUUUUGCUUCACCAGAACGAUGUGUUAAAAUUUUCCAAGGACACCAGCACAACUUUGAAAAGAAUCUAUUGAGGUGCUCAUGGUCACCCGAUGGUAGCAAGGUCGCUGCGGGGUCAGCCGAUCGGCAUGUCUAUGUCUGGGAUACGACCUCUAGAAGGAUCCUCUACAAGCUACCCGGCCAUGUCGGCUCCGUCAAUCAGGUCGACUUCCAUCCUCAUGAACCAAUCAUCCUCUCCUGUUCAAGUGACAAGCAAAUCUACUUGGGAGAGAUCUUGUGAGGAUAUUAGCCAAUCGGAACUCUUGAUACAAAAUCUACUGCAUUGAUGGAAGCAUGUGAUCAUUGAAGAAGAGCAUUGAUUGGAUGGUCCUGUUUUCUCAUCUCGCCUUGCUGCCUAUCUUUCAAGCUCAGAACAUUACCCACAGGAGAGAUCAUCUUGUUUCCGGAUGACGACAGUUCUUGUGAAAGAGAGGAUGAAUUUUGUCAGAGAAGCAAUCAAUCAUGCAAAGAAUCUACUCCCUUUAUCCUAUUUUAUGAAUGACAUGGGACGUUUUAUUCAAAUGUACUUUAUGAGUUGAUAAGAUGUAAUAAAUGUUAUCUAUUAAUAAGGAGGAAUGAUGUUUAUUGUACUAGAGGGUGUUGAGUUUAUGUCCUAUAUAUGGUCUAUCUGUGAUUAUGAUAUUAGUGAUGGAAUAAGAAAAAUCAGAAUAAACAGGAGAAAAAAUAGGAAUUGGGAAGAAUUUGGGAAGAAAUGACAAGUUAAGCCUUUUCCUUUCGCUUAUAGAAUGUUUGUUCCCCAAAAAGCUAUGAGAUAUUGGCUACUUUUUGCAAAGCAUAAGAUGUACCUAUUUUUCUAGAGACCAUCUUACAAAUAAUGAUGUUUCGCCAAUGAUUGAUAUUGAUAGCAUUGCUAGCGUUUAGACAUUUCCAAAAUUCAAGA